AUGACCGAUUCUGGACAAUCAGAACCCGCUGCUGCCGCGGCGGCUGCACCUCCCCAACAGCCUUUCCGAUUCACGGACUUGCCGAUGGAAAUUAGAUUCAUGGUGCUUGAAGAGUUGAUGGACAACCCGAAGGACACUAUCAGGUUCACAGCACCGAAGAACUUGGAUGUCGAGGAGGUGCGUCUUGAUGGAAUGUACUAUCCCAGCCUCCUCAAAGUCAACAAAUCCACCCGCGAUGAGUACUGGUCGCUAUGUCUACGCGAAUCAAUCCUCUGGAUCGUUUACGCUUGCACCGACUCUGCUCACCCCGAUACGGAGAACAGCGAAGAAGAGAAACCAACAAUGCCUCCUAUAUCGGACUGGGUGAUGAUACCAACCAGAAUCUUGGAGAGAGUCACCGAAGUCGUCUUCAAGUUCCAAGCGGACUGGAUGCUCCCAGAAAUAAACCCCUUUUCUGGUAUUGCAGACUGCAUCGACGACAUUUCCGGCCUUCAACUCAUCGGUAUAUGGUCAGAAAUGGACAUGGCAGUUGUUGAACGUGUUGGAGACCAAGCAGAACGUCAAGAAAGAUUUCAGAACUUUGUCGAAAAUCUCUUUCUCGAAGAGGGUGCUUUGUACAACCGGUCUGACGACGACGGUCACGAUAUCUUCUGCCGCACCGACUGCAACCUUUGGGUGCCUCUCUUUGAGAUGAACAAGAACUACUGUUGGCCCCGUCGCAGACAUCUCCAGCAAGGUGUGGCGCCAUUGGCUGGCCUUCCAGAGUGGGGCUACUCGAUGUUCAAAGUGCAUGCUCCGUGGAACCGUCCACUCGAGAAUUCUUUCACAUACCACGGCGAGGAGUUGGAAUUUCUGCGUGUCGAAUACGAACUGCCUGUGCUCGAUCGGUCCGAGACGGAAUGUGACAGUCCUAGCGAAUGGGAUUAUGAGUUUGACGAAUCCGGCUUCGCUACAGGUAACAUGCCAGACUGGAGCACAGGUGCAAGACCUCUCUGGAUGGAUCAUGAAUAA